GGCCGGCCCCCCUGCACCCGCCCCGCGGCUGGCGGGGCCCCUGCCCGCCUUUGGCCUGGCCCAGCCCAGCCCAGCCCAGCCGGCCGGUCACACGCGCGGCCAGCCUGCCGCCUCCCGCGCCUUGUGCGCCGCACUGCAGCGUCCAAGCCCACCGCCCGCCCGCCGCUCCCGGCCACAGCAACCCUGCCUAGGGAGCGGGGCAGAGUUGGCAUGGCCGGCCGGGGGCCCGCCACACUGGUGCUGGCCCUGGUGAUCCUGGAGGUGGCGCUGGCCGGGGCAGGGGCUCAGGAAGCAGCCCUAGAGAACCCCGACUACUACGUGCAGGAGAUCUGGAGCCAGGAGCACUACUAUGCGCGCCCGGAGCUGGAGCCUGAGUCCUUCUCGCCGCUGCCGCCUCCGCCCGCGGGGGCGGGGGAGGGGGCGCGGGAGCUGCGCCUGCUGGAGCCCAGGCCACCCAAGAAGGCGACCAAGCCCAAGAAAGCUCCCAAGAGGGAGAAGUUGGUUCCGGAGACGCCUGCACCAGGUAAAAAUAGCAACAGAAAAGGCGUGAGAGGCAAGAGUGCUGAGAGGGCUGCCAGCGAUGACCACAGUGUCCCCGAGGCCCAGGGUGAAGUCAGAGAGGGUUGCCCGCCUCUUGGUCUGGAAACCCUGAAAAUCACAGACUUCCAGCUCCACGCGUCCACAGUGAAGCGCUACGGCCUGGGGGCGCACCGGGGGCGACUCAACAUCCAGGCAGGCAUCAACGAGAACGACUUCUACGACGGGGCGUGGUGCGCGGGGAGGAACGACCUGCACCAGUGGAUCGAAGUGGAUGCCCGGCGGCUGACCCGGUUCACCGGGGUCAUCACUCAGGGGAGGAACUCGCUCUGGCUGAGUGACUGGGUGACCUCCUACAAGGUCAUGGUGAGCAAUGACAGCCACACGUGGGUCACCGUUAAGAAUGGAUCUGGAGACAUGAUAUUCGAGGGCAACAGUGAAAAGGAGAUCCCUGUCCUCAACGAGCUGCCGGUCCCCAUGGUGGCCCGCUACAUCCGCGUGAACCCGCAGUCCUGGUUCGAUGGCGGCAGCGUCUGCCUGCGGAUGGAGGUGCUCGGCUGCCCGCUGCCAGACCCGAACAACUACUACCACCGGCGGAACGAGAUGACCACCACCGACAACCUGGACUUCAGACACCACAACUACAGGGAGAUGCGCCAGCUAAUGAAGGUCGUGAAUGAGAUGUGCCCCAACAUCACCAGGAUUUACAACAUCGGCAAGAGCCACCAGGGCCUGAAGCUGUACGCGGUGGAGAUCUCCGACCACCCCGGGGAGCACGAAGUCGGGGAGCCCGAGUUCCACUACAUCGCGGGGGCGCACGGCAACGAGGUGCUGGGCCGCGAGCUGCUGCUGCUGCUGGUGCAGUUCCUCUGCCAGGAGUACCUGGCUGGCAACGCGCGCGUGGUCCGCCUGGUGGAGGAGACCCGCAUCCACAUCGUGCCCUCCCUGAACCCCGACGGCUACGAGAAGGCCUACGAAGGGGGCUCGGAGCUGGGAGGCUGGUCCCUGGGACGCUGGACCCACGACGGCAUCGACAUCAACAACAACUUUCCUGACUUAAACACGCUGCUCUGGGAGACGGAGGACCGCCAGAAUGCCCCAAGGAAGGUCCCCAACCACCACAUCGCCAUCCCCGAGUGGUUCCUGUCUGAGAACGCCACGGUGGCGGUGGAGACCAGGGCCGUCAUAGCCUGGAUGGAAAAGAUCCCCUUCGUGCUGGGCGGCAACCUGCAGGGGGGCGAGCUGGUGGUGGCGUACCCCUACGACAUGGUGCGGUCCCUGUGGAGGACGCAGGAGCGCACGCCCACCCCGGACGACCACGUGUUCCGCUGGCUGGCCUACUCCUACGCCUCCACGCACCGCCUCAUGACCGACGCCAGGAGGAGGGUGUGCCAUACGGAGGACUUCCAGAAGGAGGAUGGAACUGUCAACGGGGCCUCCUGGCACACUGUGGCCGGAAGUCUCAACGAUUUCAGCUACCUUCACACAAACUGCUUCGAGCUGUCCAUCUACGUGGGCUGUGACAAAUUCCCGCACGAGAGCCAGCUGCCCGAGGAAUGGGAGAAUAAUCGGGAAUCCUUAAUCGUGUUCAUGGAGCAGGUUCAUCGCGGCAUCAAAGGCGUGGUGAGGGAUUUACACGGAAGAGGAAUCCCGGACGCCGUCAUCUCCGUGGAAGGCAUCAGCCACGACAUCCGAACAGCCAACGACGGGGAUUACUGGCGCCUCCUGAACCCCGGGGAGUACGUGGUCACGGCCAAGGCGGAAGGCUUCACCUCGUCCACCAAGAACUGCAUGGUCGGCUACGACAUGGGCGCCACCCGGUGCGACUUCGCGCUCAGCAAAACCAACCUGGCCAGGAUCCGGGAGAUCAUGGAGAAGUUCGGGAAGCAGCGCGCCAGCCUGCCGGCCCGGCAGCUGAAGCUGCGGGGGCGGAAGCGGCGGCAGCGCGGGUGACCUCCCGACGCCGGAGCUGCGUCCAGACCCCGGCAGAUGGAACCACCCCUGGUCAUAGCUCCACAGAGGACGCCCUCCCCGUCGUUGUCCACUCUGUAACCCCAGAAGGCCUGGGGGAGUGUAUGUGCUGCAAGUCCGUUCCCCAGGGGAGGGCUGGAGGCUUGGGGUCUUUUCUUUCCUUUGUUCCCAUGUAUCCAAAUAACUUGGGCAGGGCAGCAGAGAAAGGCUGGUGGGAGGGAGCGAAUUCAGCAAGUCAAGCAGAAUCAGAGAGAGAGAGAGAGAGAGAGAGAGAGAGAAGAGCUGGCCUGCUCGGGGGCUCCUGGCUGGGCAGGAGGGGAUUCCCGCGCCUCCCCUGUUCGCGUGACAGCGGAUGCCCUGAGCAUCUGUGACGUGCGUGCGUGGCUGAAAUUGCUGCGUGCCAGGGGCCCUGCUGUCCCCAGUGUCACCCUUCGAGAUGUUCACGGGCCUUCUGAGACAAUCCACCCUCUCUGGCCCCAGGACAUCCCAAGCUGCUGCAAUUCAGUUGUGCUGUUGUCGACAAUAGAGGCAUUGCCAAGUGCUCAUCAGGCGGGCGGCCUCCUGAGUCCAUCUAUUUCCCUUUCAACAAAGGAGUGUCAUGCUCACGGCAGGGGAGGAUGGCUGAAACAAUUCAAGAGUGAUGGUUGGGCAGCAGGCACUCCCGGGGGCUGGUUGCAUGCCUACUGGGUUUGCAGAGAACCCCCACAUUUCCUGCUGGUCCAGUAGCCCUGGGGGCUCCUUGGGUGGUACCGGCAGGAGGUGCCAGCCUCCUAAGGAACCACGUCUGUAGUCCGGCCCCUCUGUGAGCUGCUGGGACGUGGAAAGAGAAGGCAGGCUGACCUGUGGCCCUCUCUGCCCCAGACGGUCCCCCCCGCCCACGGAAGUGAGCUCUCCUAAACUGCCUGACGUCUCGACGGCAGGAACUUCCCAUGCACCCCAUGCACGGGGUACCAGGCCUUCCAGCUCACACUGAAUGUGAUGAAAGGCUCUUAGAACCAGUAUCUGUGGAGCGUCGGUUCACGAGGGGUUACGGAAUUGCCAUGCGAGAAAAUCUGUCUCACUUUUUGUUACUGUUGCUGCCUCACUGACCUGGGAAGAAUGAGAAAAAUAAAGAAAGCAAGUGGUAA